GCAUCUGAGUCAGGAUCGUUUAGAGAGGAACGGGACACAUUCGGACCCAUAAAUGUUCCUUCAGACAAGUUAUGGGGAGCACAAACUCAGAGGUCCUUGCAGAAUUUCGACAUUGGAGGCGAGCGGGAACGAAUGCCUGAACCUAUUAUUCGGGCCUUUGGCAUCCUCAAAAAAUGUGCUGCCAAGGUGAACAUGGAGUAUGGUCUUGAUCAAUCUAUAGGGAAAGCUAUAAUGGAAGCUGCCCAAGAAGUGGCUGAGGGAAAGCUAAACCAGCAUUUUCCACUUGUUGUGUGGCAAACUGGUAGUGGAACCCAAAGCAACAUGAAUGCCAAUGAGGUCAUUGCAAACAGAGCAGCUGAGAUACUUGGACAUAAGCGUGGUGAGAAGUUCGUGCACCCAAAUGACCAUGUCAACAAAUCACAAUCUUCUAAUGACACUUUCCCAACUGUUCAUUGCUACAUUGCAACAGCAAUGGAACUAAAUUCAAGAUUGAUACCGAGUUUGAAAGUUUUGCAUGCUGCUUUAGAUUCAAAGGCUAAUGAAUUCAAAGACAUUGUUAAAAUCGGACGCACUCACACGCAAGAUGCAACACCUUUGACUCUUGGGCAAGAGUUUAGCGGCUAUUCUACACAAGUGAUGUAUGGGAUCGAUCGAGUCAUGGGUGCUCUUCCCCGAAUGUAUCAGCUUGCACAGGGCGGCACUGCUGUUGGGACCGGAUUGAACACAAAAAAGGGAUUUGAUGUAAAGAUAGCUGCAGCGGUAGCUGAGGAAACAAAGUUACCGUUUGUUACAGCAGAAAACAAGUUUGAAGCCUUGGCGGCCCAUGAUGCUUUUGUGGAAACUAGUGGAGCCCUAAAUACAGUUGCUACUUCUCUGAUGAAGAUUGGAAAUGAUAUACGUUUCUUAGGAAGUGGUCCACGUUGUGGCCUCGGUGAACUUGGUCUUCCUGAAAACGAGCCUGGAAGCAGCAUUAUGCCUGGAAAGGUUAAUCCUACCCAGUGUGAGGCUCUCACAAUGGUUUGUGCUCAGGUCAUGGGUAAUCAUGUGGCCAUUACAGUUGGUGGAUCAAAUGGUCACUUUGAGCUUAAUGUAUUCAAACCGCUGAUGGCUAGUAAUCUUCUACACUCUCUAAGGUUACUGGGAGAUGCAUCUGUCUCAUUUGAAAAGAACUGCGUGAAAGGCAUUCAAGCCAACAAGGAAAGAAUCUCAAAGUUACUUCAUGAGUCGCUUAUGCUGGUGACAUCCUUGAAUCCUAAAAUUGGUUAUGAUAAUGCCGCAGCAGUUGCAAAGAAAGCCCACAAGGAGGGAUCGACUUUGAAGGAAGCUGCAUUGAAACUUGAUGUGCUAACUAGUGAAGAAUUUGACAGUCUUGUGGUGCCUGAGAAGAUGAUCGGUCCAUCUGACUAA